AUGAAGAGCCUGGAGCAGGAGCUGCACUGCUCCGUGUGUAAGGACAUCGUGAAGCAGCCGGUGGUCCUGCCCUGUCAGCACAGCGUGUGUCUCAUGUGUGCCUCGGAGGUCCUGGUGGCCAGCGGGUACCCCCCUCCGGACCUGCCCCCGGAGCCCAACUCACCAGCAUCCACCCCCAACACACGCUCUCCUCGCGGGGCCCGCAGACCCACGCCCAAGACCGACCAGAGGCCCAUCGACCGGCUGCUGCGCUCAGGCCCUCACCCGCCCUCCCCGUCCCUGCAGAGGUCUCCGUACGGCGGCCGCAGACGUAAAGACGCCCCCCCCCUCAUCAUGAUGUUCCCCUGUGGAGCCUGUCGUCGGGACGUGGAGCUGGGGGAGCGGGGUCUGACCGAGUGUCUCCGAAACCUCACCCUGGAGAGGAUCGUGGAGAGAUACCGCCACACCGUGAGUCUGGGCAGCGUGGCGGUCAUGUGUCAGUUCUGUAAACCGCCGCACGCGCUCGAGGCCUCAAAAGGCUGCGGCGACUGCAAAGCCAACUUCUGCAACGAGUGUUUCAAGCUGUACCACCCCUGGGGGACGCCCCGGGCCCAGCACGAGCACAUCCUGCCCACGCUCAACUUCAGGCCCAAGGUGCUGACGUGUACGGAGCACGACCAGGAGAAGCUGCAGUUCUACUGUCGCACGUGUCAGCGCCUCCUGUGUCCACUCUGUAAACUGCGGCGAGUUCACGGAGGACACAAAAUCCUCCCGGUGGCUCAGGCCUAUCAGGCGCUCAAGGAGAAGAUUACAAAAGAGAUGAACUACAUUUUGUCCAACCAGGACACCGUACUGUCUCAGAUCACGCAGCUGGAGAGCGCCAUCACGCAGACGGAGGUGAACAGCGUGUCGGCUCGGGAGCAGCUGGCUCAGAGCAUCCGAGACCUGACGGCGGCGCUGGCGGAGCGUCACUCGUCGCUGACCCAGGCCCUGGAGGGGGCCCGGCAGAGGAGGGGGGAGGCUCUGUCGGGGCAGGUGUCCGAGCGCAGGAGCCUGAUGGAGCACGCGGGGCUCAUGGCCUUCACCCAGGAGCUGCUGAAGGAGACGGACCAGCCCUGCUUUGUGCAGGCGGCGCGCCAGACUCACAACAGACUCAGUAAAGCCAUCGAGAACCUGCAACAUUUCUCGCUGGCGGCGGAUCCUUCGUUCCGACACUUUCAGCUCGACGUCUCCAAAGAACUCAAACUGCUCACGGAGCUCAACUUCAUCCAAGCUCCACAGGCCCCGGUCCUGGACACGCAGCGGUCCCUGGCCUACGACCAGCUGUACCUGUGCUGGCGCCUGCCCCCGGAGUCGGCCCCGGCGUGGCACUACUCUGUGGAGUAUCGGCGCCGCGGGGUGGUCCCGGGAGGGGGGGCGCGGGGGGGGCAUGAGGGGGGGUCUGUCUGCGGCGCGGUGGGGGUGGCAGAGGAUGGACGAGGUCACCGGGAGCAGCGCCGUCAUCGACCGACUGGAGAUGGACAGUGUCUACGUCCUCAGGGUCCGCGGCUGCAACAAGGCGGGGUUCUGAGACGCCUUUCCCGGGAGAGCGGCCGACCAUUCGAGCUUGUUUUAAAAGGAGCUUUGGACCAGAUUAGCUCUCAUCUCGGAGCCGCUGGCGGAGAGAACGAAGACGAAGAGGAGGAGGAGGAAGAUGACGAUGAGGAGGAUGACGAUGAUGAUGAGGAGGAAGGAGUCGGGACCGGAGAUGUCCAGACUCUGAACCACGACCCCAACGUCCCACUCGAACCCGGCAACCUCCCGAUCGGCUGCAAUAUUCGAGACUUGGGAAUCCGGUAA